AUGCAUUGCAAUGGGCGCCAUUCAAAUCAAACAGGACUGAGAGACUGUAAGUUUGCAGUAAAAGCCCUGGAGCUGCAGGUCCUCAUCCUCUCUGCCUCUCAGGACCAGGCUCACCUGAUUGGUCCGUCGGUAUCUGUGGCCAAUCACGGGAUGCUGAAGUCUGAACAUAAGACUAUGUGCAAGCAGCGGACAGAGAGCCAAACUGAUGAGGACAGUGACACAGGGGAGAUCCUGUGUGGAAUACAGGAGAGCUGUACCACAGACCUGUCUCACCACCCCCAGCUGGAGACGGACAUCGAGACCGUCAGAACUCUGUAUUCUGACUCUGGCGUCUCUGUCAGGGUGUAUCAACCAGUCGAUGCUGUGGACGUUGAUUUAAACAUUAACGCCAACUUUCUGGAUGAGGAGGUGGCCAACGCCUGGAGGAUUGACCCAUCGGAGCCCAUUGUUAUCCGUCUGCACUUCUCUCUGUCUCAGUACCUGGAUGGACCCGCACCCUCAGUUGAAGUCUUCCAGGCGUCCAACAUGGAUCACUUCAGGCUCGGGAACCAACUGCAGAAUAUUCUCGCAGUUUUCAUAUCUCGGGUGUGGGACCACCUGACCAACGAGAAGAUUGUGAUCCAGCAGAGGCGCAGACACAGCUGGUUCAGACCGAGUGGAACCAUCAAGAAACUCCAAGCUCGACUCGGCAAAUGGUUACCACUGUCAAAGUCAAAUGAGCUCCAGCCUCCAUCUAUGAAAGGAAGACUUUUUUUACCAGGCAUGAAACUGAGCCGAUUUACAAAUCACACGACCUACUACACCAUCAAGAAUCCCAGAGGAGAGCUCUUCACCUACACACCCAGUGGGAAGAGGGUGUUGGUAUCAGCAGUGAAAUCAUCAGCACAGCUCAACACCAAACAUCUGAUGGAGCUGCUCUUCUCCUCCCAGGCCAUCGGACAUUGCAAGACCACCCCGACUCUGCAGCAUGGCUUCUUAGUGCAGAUAAUGAGGUACGCUGAGCAGAGAAUGCCGACACUGAAUGAAUUCUGUGUGGUGUGUGAUGAGCGACAUGUGUUUCAGAACGGCCCCAUGUUAAAGCCUGCAGUUUGCACCAGGGAGCUGUGUGUGUUUUCCUUCUACGCACUGGGGGUCAUGUCUGGAGCUACGGAGGAGGUUGCUACCGGUGCAGAGGUGAUUGACCUGCUGGUCGCUGUGUGCAGAGCUGCUCUUCAGUCUUCACGCAAGAGCAUCAUAUUUGAGCCGUACCCUUCUGUCGUUGAUCCAUACAACCCUAAAGCCCUGGCCUUUACUCCUAAGAGAAAGAGCUACGACCGGCUGCAAAAAGCCCUGGACAGUGUCUUAUUAGUCAGGAGGAUGGCACAGGGUCCACAUUCUGAAAUUAGGAAGCAGAUGGACAAGUUAGAUCCUCUCGCUUAUCCCCUGCUACAAUGGAUUUUGUCGAGCAACAGGUCCCACAUUGUCAAGCUUCCACUGCACAAGCAACUGAAAUUCAUGCACACGCCCCAUCAGUUCCUGUUGAUCAGCAACCCUCCGUCCAAAGAGGCUCGAUUCCAAACCGCCAGAAAGCUUUAUGGCAGCACCUUCGCUUUCCAUGGUUCCCACAUUGAAAACUGGCACUCUAUUCUAAGAAAUGGGCUGGUUAAUGCCUCAUACACCAAACUACAGCUUCAUGGAGCUGCAUAUGGGAAAGGCAUCUAUUUGAGUCCUAUCUCAAGCAUAUCUUUUGGAUAUUCAGAGAUAGGGAAAGGUCGACACCAAAUAACUGCCAGAGAAGAUCUCCUAAAGAAAUAUAAUCGAAUGAACAAAGUCAAACAGGAAGAGCCAGGGCAAGCAAGGUUUCUGCAGAGCAGCAACCUGAACUGCAUUGCACUCUGUGAAGUCAUCACUUCAAAAGACCUUCAAAAGCAUGGGAACAUUUGGGUGUGUCCGAAAUCUGACAACGUGUGCACACGCUUCCUCUUUGUGUAUGAAAAUGGUCAGGUGGGAGAUGUCCACAUCAACACUCAGGAAGCCGAGAUCCACAGGGAAAUUUUACAAGUAAUUGCGUCAAAGCCGUGCUAA